CGUUUCUCACUCAGUAUGUUCCCCUCUUUUACUCAAUUUUGGUUGUCUCAACUGCCCAAAAGCCUCUGACAUUUUCAGCACAUUUUUCCAUUUAGUCAAGUUGUGCAGAUUAAACAUUCACAAUAUUGAAAUUUAUACAAGCUUGAUGUUUCACUGAAGCAAAUCAGAUAUCUUGCUCAAGAUCUAGAGUAUAGCAGCAAUGCCCCAAGCAGGGUAUCAGAUCCACAGCCAUUGGGUUACCAGCCCAGACGUACGGAAGGUGUUGUGUCACGCAAGUUUUGAACAGCGAACUUUCCAGUCUACUACUAAGUAAACAGGUCUAAUCCACUUCCUUUCUUUCAUACUCCUCUUUUUUGCUCAGCAUGUGCGGGAAUAGCCUGGGUUCGGAGGGGGUCCGAGAGCUGUGGCUCGCCCUGGAGGAGAACUCCACGGUGGAGGAGCUGUACCUGGACAUCACCGGCAUCACCGAGGGAGGAACCGAGAACAUGGUCAACUGCCUGAGCAAGAACUCCGCCCUGAAGACCCUCACCUUGGUGGGGAACGAGAUCGGCGAGGCUGGGAAGGACAGGCUGAGGGAGCUGAGGCGUCUCAGGCCGGGGCUCCGCGUCAUCGGGAACUUUGUGGACGACCUGGGCCUGCUGCAGGCCUACCUGGACUGGGUGGAGGAGCUCCGGGCCGACCGGGACCAGAUGGACUCCGUGAGGAACGUCGACGCGCUGCAGUCCGUGCUGAAGGGUCUGAGAGUGGCGGGGGCGCACGGGGAGGGGCAGAAUGCACAGAAAGCCAAGGAACUGGAGACUAAGAUCCUCCAGCUCCUGGAGACCCCCACUUAGCUUACAGCAGACUAGUGAUAAAUACACAUAUACACACACACACACACACACUUACACACACAGACACACUUACACACACACCUACACGCACGCACGCACGCACACACACUUACACACACACACACAUGCACACACGCCUACACACACACACACACACACACACAUGCACAUGCUGUGACACCAGAGGAAGUUGGGUUCUUGAUGGAAGGUAUAUUCCCCACCAGUGGCUGCAGCCAACACCAAAACUACCUGGCUGAUGACUGCUAUGUGGUGGCCAUGGUUGGAACUACAUAAAUGGCCACCAUCUAAAAAACUACAAUCCCCUGGAGUCUGUGUGCAGGUCAGCACACCUGAGCAUAGACAUGCAUAUUUAACUAGACUGGCUGGCAUGCCUUAAGCUUGUGAUGUCCCGGAAGUAAGCCCGUACUGCGCUUGUUGAGGGCAGAACAUUGGAGCUCCCAAUGAAGUGAAUGGGGAAUAUUAGACUUUUGAAGUCAAAAUAAAACAUUCUCGAUGGUAUUCAUAUGAUACGUUUCAUACGGAAAGCAGAUUGAAAAAUAUGCAUUAUGUAAUAAAAUAUGCACAUUUUAAUAAAUAUUUUCCGAAGACUUCUGGACCGAAACAGCCAUUGUUCCACAAACUGCAACACAUAAUGAAAUGUAUGAUCACAAAAAUGGACCGAUGAGGUUUUCUUUGGUUGUUAAAUCAUCUUGGAUGCAUUUUUUUUAUGAAGAAGCUUUUUGAGUUAACCUUUUUCCAAUCCUUUGACUAAAUUAAAACUAUACUUCUUUUGAAA